UCCUCUUCUUUUUAUCUUUUUGAAAUAACAAAAAAAGAUGCUGCUUCUUUUCUUGAUGGCAUUACACCUUAUGGCAACCGCCGUUUCUUCCAUUUCGAUCAACAAUUUGACGAUUGUUCAAUCUGCAAACUUAGAGUAUGCUCGGCUAUUAAGCCAUUCGAUCUUAUUCUACGAAGCACAGAGAUCAGGAAAAUUGCCUAGUAACAAUCGUGUAUCUUGGCGACACGACUCUGCUUUGACAGAUGGUUCUGACGUUCAAUUGGACUUGACUGGUGGAUAUUAUGAUGCCGGAGACUACUUGAAGUUUACAUUUCCUCUAAGUUACACAGCUUUUAUGCUAAGCUGGGGAGGUAUUGAUUACUACAAAGGAUACGAAUUGGCAAACCAAGCAAGCUACUUGCGGGAGCAGGUUAAAUGGGCAACGGAUUGGAUGAUCAAGGCACAUCCAAGCAGAUGUACGCUUUACGUCCAAAUAGGAGAUGUUCGUCUGGAUAAUAAUUACUUCGGCCCGGAUACAAAUAUUCCAUUGCCGAGACCAAGUUACCAAAUCAACGAGACAUACUUUGGUACGGAUGUAGCAUCCAUGACAGCCGCUGCUUUUGCGACUGCAUCUUCCUUGUUUCGUAUGUUUGCAUCUGUAACAGGUGAUCAGAAAGAUGCUGCAUAUGCGGAUCUGUUAUUGUCGCAUGGUGUCCAGCUCUAUAGCUGUUCCAAAACUACCAACUUUUCUAGAUAUCAGUUUUCUGUUCCUACAGUCAAGGAUAUUUACGCAAGCACCGAUUAUCUUGAUGACUUGAUUCUAUCCGCCAUUGCUUUGUACAAGGCUACCAAGAACGAGACCUACUUGAAUGACGCGUUAUCAUAUUAUCAGCUGCCCGAUUGGAGAACAAACCAUACGGAACCCCUGGGAUGGGACAACAAGUACGGAGCUGUCUAUAUACUGUUGGCAGAGUCGCUCUUUAAUACUUCGGACCCACAAAAAUCCAUUCAAAGCAGAAAGGUUGCGGAGAAUUACUUGGAUGGUAUCGUCAGUGGUACAUCGGUCAACCAAACCAAGGGUGGAUUGCUUUUUUGGGACUUUUAUAGUGAUGAUAAUAGUAACGCAAAUGCUAUGAGUACAAGCUAUCUUUUAUUAUCUUAUUCUCGUCAAGUUCUCCGUCCGUUACUUGCUAUUUCUCCUACGGAUCAAGAGGCCAUUUCUGCAAAAAUCAAGCGAUAUGAAGAUCUUGCUAUUCGUCAACUCAACUACAUGUUUGGCAUGAACCCGAUCAACCAAAACUAUAUCGUUGGAGAGCGACCCAAUUCACCCAAGUAUCCUCACUCGGCCCUUGCUGCAGGAUUUAAUUCGCUCGCGGACGCCAUCGCAAGUCCAACUGACCUAAGUCAUUCUCAUACUAUUUACGGAGCACUCGUGGGUGGGCCUGCAAAAAAUGAUUCUUUUGCAGAUCAGCGACUUGAUUGGUCACAAACAGAGGUUGCUCUGGAUUACAAUGCAUGCUACCAGGGCAUCUUGGCCUAUCAAGCCAUGUACAGUCCCAAUGGACCCUAUUAUGAAACACCAACUAGUUCAUCUAACCCAACUACAGCUCAUGCUCCUAAUGCAUUACCAACAUGGGCUAUUGCCAUCGCUGUUGUCCUUCCUGUCCUAGCAGCUUGUCUUCUCGGAUUACUCGCAUUUAUGUUCCUACGUCGUCGUCGUCAACAACCUCUUCGUCAAAAGAGUGAGCCGUCAACCAGGUACGAAAGCGAUGAAGGCAGCACUCUUCAACAAGAUGGUUCUCCCAAGGAUUUCUCUCAAAGUUCUCCUGUGAGUCAGAAGAAGACAUCUGUGGACUUGGCUGAUCAGGGCAUCACUUUGCCUAAAGAACUGCUCACUGAGAGCACUACCCAACGAGCCCCUGAGUUGGGACAGUAAAUAAUUGAUAUAUGAACUACAAAUGUAUAGUAUAGAAGUCUACUUUCAGUAAAAAAAUAAAAACUAAAUCAAAUCAUUACAAUCUCCUUACUAUGAUUGAGCUUGUUUUUUUUU